CGCCACCACCACCGCCUCCUCCACCUCCUCGAGCACGACGAAAAAGACACUCCAACGUGCUAUGGAGUGUAGACUGCCACAACCACCGAAUAUCAGUAUGGGAAUUGCCACUACACUACGCUCAUUGCUCGGGUCUUAGCCUCAGCACCGUACACUCAGGUCGCCAAUAUAGAUUUGCUCACACGUACGAGGCGAAUUUUGUCGUGUAUCAGUUACGCGUUUAUCGAAUUGGGCGCGAUGGGAGAGGAAGAGAGAUUGACGACGGUUGACCGACGCGAGUUGAGGGGCAAGAGAGAAAAACAGCCUGAAAGCCGCAACGAUGCAAUGUGGAUGUUGGAUUUUGUAUCAAAUAAGGCAAACGUCAAUAUUACUUAACUCUAUUAUUUCACCAAAAGUUCUUGAAUUAAAUCAUGCAAGAGCACAAUAUAUCUAUAUAAAUAAUCCUAAAUUUGAGAAUAUUUUUAUGUCCAAUCAUGCAAAUGAUUUCAAUUUUACUAGCGAUGAAGACCCAAUACGAUUAUCUUUUAUUAGUAAGUGGUGGAAAACAUGGAACAACAAUUUAGCUUUUCGUUUAUUUCAAGUUGCUUAUACAGGAAGUAAAAUGGAAAGAAUCAAAGCCAUACAUUCACUUAGUACUAUGAAAGAUUUAAAGGAUUGGCAAUAUGGUCAGAUAUCUCAGAUGUUAGAUGCAAGAACUGCCGUCGCUUUAGCACGAUCACCUGGGAUUGAUUUACGAUUUUUUUUAAAACCACCAUAUUUCAAUCAACAAUUGCAAAUUCAUGAAAUUGUUGAAAAAGUUCAUAGCCUAUUAAUAAAACUAAAUACUCGUUGUGAAGGAAUUCAUCCAUGUCUUUUGAACUUUAUAAAUAAGAAAUUUCAAAAUUAUCUACACGAUUCCACAAUUAUGGAACCCGAUAUAAGCAAUGAUGGAUUGUCAUCACUUAUCAAAUGGGAUAUAAAUUUUUUACAAAAUUGCUUAGAAGCCAUUCUGCAUCAUUCUUCUUUAAACAAUCACAGCAAUGAUAUAGUUGAUGUCGGAGGGCUACAAAUUUUAAUGAAUAUUUAUAAGCUUCUGGGGGAUAAUAUCGAUAUAUGUGCAUUAAUAGCUAAAAUACUUUCAAAUAUAUCAUUGAAUCCAGAAUAUUUAGAAGACAUCUUUAGAUCUGGAUGGAUAAGGAUUUUGACAUCAUGGUCCUAUCAUCAAGAUAUUCGAAUUUCAACUUUAGCAAGUUGUGCACUUGCGAAUUUAGAUACUGAUGACAUCGAGCACGAAACGUAUCCUCAAAAAAUUUAUCUUCUUCAUCCAUUACAUAGGGUUUCGUCUAAAAGGGAUUUAGAUGUUAUUUUUAUACAUGGAUUACUUGGUGGUGUAUUUGUGACAUGGAGACAGCGUGAUCUAGAUAAAUCAACUCACGUACCUGAUAUAAAAAAUAAUUACAAUACAUUGAGUUUAUCGGAAAUGGUCGAUACUCAUCCUUCAGAGUUUUUAAAAGAUUUAGCCCGAGAUUCGGAGAUUCGCGAAUGGCAACGUAUCGGUCAGGAUUUCGAUGUCGUAUUGCAUGAUUGUCCAAUAAACGUUGACUCUAAAAAUAUCGUUGAUUCAUUUUUUUGUAAAGGUUCUGAUAAAUGUAUGCAACAAAGUGAGAUGGAUUAUAAGAUUCGAACACAAUGUUGGCCAAAAGAUUGGUUACCUCGAGACGUGCCAAAUUUACGAAUAUUAGGAAUUAAUUAUAGAACUAAUUUAUCCAUGUGGGCUUCUUUGUGCCCAAUUACAGGUGAUAGAAGUACAAUAAAAGAUCGAAGCGAUGAAUUUACCGAAAAACUUGUAACGGCUGGGGUAGGGAAGCGCUCGAUAAUUUGGGUUUGUCACUCAAUGGGUGGACUUCUUGUAAAAAAAAUGCUUGUUGAAGAGUGGAAAAAUGGAGAUAAAAACAAUCUACUUCGUAAUUCGAAAGGAAUUAUAUUUUACAGUACACCACAUCGGGGUUCUCGCGUUGCGGCUUUAAAUCAAACAACACAAUUAUUGGUUUGGCCAUCCGCAGAAGUUCAGGAAUUACGAGAACAGUCUCCACAGCUAUUACAGCUGCACGAGGAUUUUUUAAAAAUGCUUAAAGAGUAUAAUAUUGAAGUAAUUAGUUUUGGAGAAACAAAGCCAACUCGUGUCACUGCAUUAAAAGUACCUCUGAGAUUUGUAAAUUCUGAUUCAGCAGAUCCAAAUAUUGGUGAAUUUUUUGAAAUUCCACAAGAUCAUUUGUCUAUAUGUAAACCUGCCAACAGGUGAAAAUUUUGUUUUCAAUAUUUUCAAACAAUCCGUAAUAAUUAAUUACCUAAUUACAUUAUUAAUAUUUCAGGCAGUCCUUUUUGUACCAAAAAGUACUUGCUUUAAUUAAGCGCCAUACUCAGUCUAACCACGAAAACAGAUAUUUUUGGAAGCUACUUUUUUCGUUCUAAACAUAUUUAGUCAAUACUAACAAUAACUUAUACAGUAUGUGUAUAUAACUAUUGAACAUGAAUGUAUAAUUUAUAAUACAGAGCAAUUAAGAUUGAAUAAAUAAUAUUUUUGUUAUGA